AUGGGAGAAGGCGAGGGUGUCAACCUGACGUGCCACAUCACGGGAGAGCCACGGCCGGUGGUGGACUGGGAUGUGCCCCAGGUUGGGCCUGACCCCCCCAUCGUAAUCAAGAAGUCAGAGUCUGACAUCACGCUGCAGAUCACCAACGUCUCUUCCAGUUACAACCUGCGCAACAUUACCUGCCGAGCAGAGAAUGAAGCGGGCAUGGGGGAAGCCGUGGCCCAGCUGAACGUGACCUUUCCAGCUGUGAUUCGCGAGCUGGGCCAGGCGGUCAAACACUACCAGUGGUGCAUCCCCUUCUCCGUGGACGGCAACCCCACGCCCAGCAUCCGAUGGCGGAUCGGCAACUCUGAGCUCAGAGAGACGAGCGACGUUUACACCAGACUCUUCACAGAAUGGGUCCGGACUUCCACCAUCGUCCACGGCUGCUUGUACCUCAACACGCCCACGCACUUCUCCAACGGCAACUACACCCUGCUGGUGGCCAACGCCCUGGGCACGGCCUCUUGCACCACCUAUCAGCACUUCAUGGACAUCCCCGAUGAACAUUUCCGGGAGGAAGAACCUUUCCAUGGAACAAAGGACACAAACGACACCGAGGGGGGGCCCGUGGAGACCACAGAGGAGCACCCCGUUGGGAUCUCCGUGGCCGUGGUCCUGGCGGUCUGUGCCUGCAUCUUCCUCUCCGUCAUGCUGGUCAUCCUCAACAAGUGCGGCCGGCGGUCCAAGUUCAGCAUCAAGCGGUCCGUGGUGCUGGCCCAAGAGGACGACCUGGCCAUGUCCCUGCAGUUCAUGGACGUGGGGGGCAGCCCCCACUCUUCCGCGGACAGCAAGCUGGAGGCGCUCAAGAGCAGCUUCGUCGAGAACCCCCAGUAUUUCUGCAACACCGCCGUCCGCCACAUCAAGCGCAGAGACAUCCUCCUGAAGUGGGAGCUGGGCGAGGGCGCCUUUGGCAAGGUCUUCCUGGCCGAGUGCCACAACCUCACCCCCACCCAGGAGAAGAUGCUGGUGGCCGUCAAGACCCUGAAAGAAGCCACGGAGAAUGCCCGGCUGGACUUCCAGCGCGAGGCGGAGCUGCUGACGGUCCUGCAGCACGAGCACAUCGUCAAGUUCUACGGGGUCUGCACCGACGGGGAGCCCCUGAUUAUGCUCUUCGAAUACAUGAAGCACGGGGACCUCAACCGCUUCCUCCGGUCGCACGGGCCGGAUGCCAAGAUCCUGGACAACGGGAACGGCCCGUCCUUUGGCCAGCUGAACCUGAGCGAAAUGCUGCAGAUUGCCACGCAGAUCGCCUCCGGCAUGGUCUACCUCGCCUCGCAGCACUUCGUCCACCGGGACCUGGCCACCCGGAACUGCCUGGUGGGGCACAGCCUGGUGGUGAAGAUCGGAGACUUUGGCAUGUCGCGGGAUAUUUAUAGCACAGACUACUAUCGGGUGGGGGGCCGUACCAUGCUUCCCAUCCGCUGGAUGCCCCCAGAGAGCAUCCUCUACCGUAAGUUCACCACCGAGAGUGACAUCUGGAGCUUCGGCGUGGUCCUUUGGGAGAUCUUCACCUAUGGCAAGCAGCCCUGGUACCAGCUGUCCAACACGGAGGCCAUCGAAUGCAUCACGCAGGGCCGGGAGCUGGAGAGACCCCGGACCUGCCCCUCGGAGGUCUACGACAUCAUGCAGAGCUGCUGGCAACGGGAGCCCCAGCAACGGCAGAACAUGAAGGAUAUCCACAGCCGCUUGCAAGCCCUGGUCAAGGCCCCCCCGGUGUACCUGGCUAUUCUCAGCUAAGGGGGAGGUGGAGAGAGGGGGAGUCGCCCCCAACAUCUCCAUCCUUCCAUCCAUCCAUCCAUCCAUCCAUCCAUCCAUCCAACCGAGUAACCCAACCCAUACAAGAUCUGUUUCCUGGCAGGGAUUGUGUUCGUUCUGUCUCGGAAAAGCGAACUGGUUUCUCGGCCUGAUGUGGGCAGGAGGAGGGAAGUAGCAGUUUCUCCAUCUUGUGUAUAUAAAGACCGUUUUUGGGGAAGAGCCCCGAUCUGCCGAGGGGAGCACAAUUCUGCAGACCUUGGUUCUCUGGGGCGACGUCCCGCUUCUAACGUGUGGCAGCCAGCCAGGCAGACUCCGAACGGACGGCCGAGAGGAGGCGAGGCAGGGGAAGCCAUUCAGCCUUGUCCGGGGUGACGUCAGCCUGUUUUCCAUCGGUACUCACGAGACAAUCAGAGUGACUCUGCAGGCGCCCUUUGUGGGAAGCAAGCAUAGGUGGUGUCAGAGUGGGCGUGAGGAAAAACGCUGCUGCUGUGAAUUAUUAUUUAUUGUCCUAAGCCGUAGAUCUUCAUUAUAACAAAUAGCUUUCCCCGGGGGAUCUGGAGAAUCCAGACUCACCUGGAUCCAGAAAGCAACCCAAGACUUAGAACUGGCUGGGAAAGGGAGAGGGACGCCCGGCUCGAUUGAGAAGAGCAGGAGCCCCAUCAUCCACGUGUACCCGGAGGGUGUACCCAAGACAAGGUCCAGUGGGGGCUUUCUGACUCGAAUACUGCCUCCAAAAUAACCUGGCCUUGCUUCUAAUGUAGGCUAAAGCUGUAAUAAGUGAAGCCAUUGUGGCCAGCCGGCCUGCCCUCUGCCCUGGCGUGUGGCUUUUCUCGCCUUCUCGGAAGACAAGGGUGAUGGAGGGACAUGGAGCCCUAAGCAGACCACAGGGCUGUUGAGACCCAGCAGGGCUGCUCAGCUGGGGGCAAAGGCUCUUCUGAAAAGUGCCUUUUGUUGAAUUAGCGUGCAGGACAAUCGGUCACCUUCCCCUGCCCCACACCCCCCAAUGUGGGCUCUUCCUCACAUCCAGUUCUUAAGGGGAGCUGAACACAAUUUUCAAGGCAGGAGGGGCUAAGGAAUGACAUUUAACUGGGAUUAGGGACCCCAGAUAUCCUUCUGGCCCCCCGCUCUAAGCACUUACUAUAUUGGCAAGGUUGUGAAGACCUCAUCUUGGGGCUGGACAGACCCCACCGGUCUUCCCAAUUGGGGUGAAUCCAUCUCAGGCAGCCGAGAAGGGCCACCAGGCACUCAAGGACGGACGAUGGGGGGACACAUCAUACCCAGGCUGAGCUCUCGGGGUUAGACGUCUGUAAGAAUUGGAAGAACAUGCUGGAAAGAACCUGGGCUGAAUUAUAAAAUAAAUCUGUCGGAUUCACUCACA